AUGACAUGCCGUAUAGCAGACGGGCUUUCAGACGAGAAUGAGACUCAGACUGAUCAUCAUUCUGCAACAUCUCUGGAAUGCCAACCAUUGCCACCUGAUGAGCUAUACUUCAAGAACACGGAAUUCACCACGUCGUGUAAGAUACAGAGCAAGUGCUUUGUGAGCGGAACGGUGGACCUCUUGAAGAAGCUUACGCCCGAGUUGGAGUCGCCCGAGUUGGAGUGGUUCAAAAACCACCCUCAGUUUUGCCACAUUUUCUACAUGUCGGAUGAACCAAACUUCAGGCUGCUGGGUAUGUGGUCGCUACUACUGCGCACGAUUCCCUUACAUGAGGGAGAGGACACAGCUUGGUUUGCGGUUAAUGGCGUGCCCAUCCGGUAUUCAAUGAGAGAGCAUGCACUCAUCUCGGGCUUGGACUGUCGUGACUACCCGGAUAAUUAUAAGAAGUUGAGGAGCUUUGCUUUUGUAGAUAGGCAUUUUGGCUCGCAUAAGGAGAUAACAAUGGAAUCUGUGAAAGAGAAGUUGCUGUAG